GUCCACCAUGAAUAAAUACAGCAGGCAACGCCAGAUUGGUGAAGGAGCCUUUGGGAAAGCGGUGCUGGUGAAGAAGAAAGACUCUGCCAAACAAUAUGUUAUCAAGGAAAUAAACAUCAUGAAGAUGUCACCCAAAGAGAGAGAUGAAGCUAGAAAAGAGGUUGCUGUGCUUGCUCAGCUGAAGCACAGAAACAUUGUGGCAUAUGUGGAAUCAUUUGAAGAAAAGGGAACUUUGUACAUUGUCAUGAACUAUUGUGCUGGAGGUGAUUUAAACGGAAAAAUAAAUGAAAGAAGAGGUCAGCUGUUCUCUGAGGACCAGAUUCUAGAUUGGUUUGUUCAGUUGUGUCUGGCUAUCAAACACAUUCAUGACAGGAAGAUACUUCACAGGGACAUCAAGUCACAGAACAUCUUCCUUACCAACACUGGCACUGUGCAGCUUGGGGACUUUGGUAUAGCAAAAGUUUUAAACUCGACUGCUCAGCUUGCCCACACCUGCAUUGGUACACCUUAUUAUUUAUCUCCUGAAAUUGUAGAGAACAUGCCUUAUAAUAACAAAAGUGAUAUAUGGUCUAUGGGUUGUGUGCUAUAUGAGCUAACCACACUGAAACAUGCAUUUAAAGCUUCUAAUAUGAAAAAUUUGGUGCUAAAAAUUAUCAGGGGAAGCUACCCUCCUGUUCCUCCACAGUUUAGUUAUGAUUUAAGGGGCUUGAUAGCCCAAUUAUUUAAAAGAAAUCCAAGAGAUCGUCCUACUGUCAAUUCAAUUUUAAGGAAAAAUUUCAUCAUGCAGCGUGUUAGAAGAUUAUUGUCUGCCGAGGACAAGCUGAUGAAAACAGUAUGGGCAGAUAAAAGCCAAAAUGAUGUGGCUGUUUGUUCCAUUACAAUGCUGACUACUUGUCCUAUAACAAUGCUGACUGUUCCAUAA